GAAAAACCGAACCGCCGCCCUCCUCUCCCGCGCUCACCUGUUCGACGGCUCGGCUCAGUUGGAACUUGGCGGGGCUAGGGUUUAGGCGGCGGGAACCUCCCUCCCGAUGUACGGCGGCGGCGGGAGCUACGAUGGCGGGGCCGGGAACGCCAACUCCCUGUUCGGCGGCGGGGGGUUCAUGCCCUCGCAGUCGACCAACCCCGCGGAGGGGAGCGGCGGCGGCGGCUUCCCCAAGGCUCGGAACGCCCAGACGCUGCUCCCGCUCACCGUGAAGCAGAUCAUGGAUGCGUCCCAGACCAGCGACGACAAGUCGAAUUUUGCUGUCAAUGGCUUGGAAGUAUCCACGGUUAGGCUUGUAGGACGCAUUUUAAAUAAGGUUGAUCGGGUCACGGAUGUAUCAUUCACUCUUGACGAUGGUACAGGCAGGAUACCUGUGAACCGCUGGGAAAACGAUAGUACUGACACUAAAGAGAUGGCUGACGUUCAGAAUGGUGACUAUGCCAUUGUUAAUGGUGGUCUAAAAGGUUUUCAAGGGAAGCGUCAAGUGGUUGCUUACUCUGUGAGGCUUGUAACCAACUUCAAUGAUGUAACACAUCACUUUCUUCACUGCAUUCAUGUGCACUUGGAGCUUACCAGGCCAAAGCCCCAAGGAAAUGCUAAUAUAACAACAGGAACUCCUAACCAAACUAUGUUUAGGGAUGGUAUGGCGUAUAACCAAGGUUCACACCUUAAUCAGGCCUCAACAUUUUCUGCACCACAAAAUACUGGUACUGGAACAGAUAUGUCCAACUUGGUCUUGAAUGUUUUUCAUGACCCAUCAGUUAUAAACAAUGACCAUGGAAUAGACGCAGAGUAUCUCAGCAGUCGACUUAAUCUACCAGAGGAUACAGUCAGGAAGAUCAUUCAAGAACAAGUUGAAAUGGGGCAUUUAUAUGCAACUAUUGAUGACAACCAUUACAAGUCCACGAUGAAUGGUUGAUCGUAUUCAAGGCCAUACGCAUGCUUCACAGCUUCAAGUUCCUCUGUGAAGCCAAGAAAUGUAUGCACUCCGCGAGAGUACUUACUGCAGAAUGCCUCGUAUGAUUUUCUACAGAAGGUCACUAGGCAAGCAACUUAAGUGUUAAGUUGCCUAUCUAAAUUACUACUCCAUUAGCAGUUAGGCAAGCAGCUUAAUAGCAGGUUAGAUCUUUAGGAGCUUCUUUUGUGUUUCAAACAGCUAUGCCUGUUCUUGCAAUUAAAGCAUCUUGCACUUGUACAGGCCAAGAUACCUUCAUGCCUCGUACUACUUAAAAUUAUCAAUGCUCGUUGCGCAAUUGCACUUAUAACGUCAAGAUGGUAAGAAAUCAAUAAUAGGAUGGUAAAUUAGCUCCAAAGUAAUAAGCUCAAAGUGAGUUUCCAGGACAGCUCAGUUUUGGAAUGUGACCUGCACGGCU